CUGAGGGAGGGCGGGGUAAGGUGCUGCUGCUCGGUAGCACAGCGGAGGAAAAUGGCGGCUGUGGCUGCAGAGGCUGGAGCUGCGGCAGUUCCAACAACAGCAACAACCGCAGCGACGGACGACGGACGCCCUGCUGCUGACUCAGGACUAUCAGUAGCCCCACUAGAAACUGAUGAGUCACCGGAAUCUGUGUCCGAAUCGGAACUAUUCGGCGCCCGGGUGGAGAAUAGUGGAAACGGAGAGGGGCGCCGCCAUGUCAGGCCGGAGCUGGAUUCUGACGCGGGAAAAGCACUCUGUGAAACCACCGUCAACGACGAACUGACUGGCAAUUUCUCAUUGGACCGGGCUAGCAUGGAGCGGUUCUCUCCCGGACUACCGGUGGAUCCAGAGAACGGUGGGAACAUGUAUUGCAGCAUCUUGCCAGACCCGCAGCCCUCUGCCGUCUUUCUGCACUCCUUCCCCGCUCCGCCGCCCGCCACCGAGGCCGGAUUGUCGCUGUUUGAACCGGCAGAGCCCACCACAAACGUGACCACAGACAGAUCUGAGACCGCUGGCCGAGACCUAUAUGGCUAUACGGCUCUGCCCCAACCGAAACUGAGACCUGUGACUGUAGAUGGCGCCAUGUUGGAGGACACUGCGGACCGGUUGUCGGAUUCGGUCAGCUUGGACAGUGCUGACCCGGAUACUGGGAAUGCUAAAAACACUGCGGAGACCGAGGAGCUAGCGGGCCGCUGCUUGCAGGAUUCAAUCCCUCCCUGUCGGUCUCCAAAGAGGCGACCCAUGGCCGAAAAAAUCGCGGCAGAGGAUUCGGCCCGUCCAGACCCUGCACCAGAGCCUGGUCUCGGUCCGCUACCUCUAACCUCCUUUCAUGAUCUCAGUCCAGGGUCCGAGGUCCGAGUCUCGCUGGAUCACGUUAUCGACGAUGCGUUGGUGGUGUCGUUCCGAGUCGGGGAGAAGAUUUUUUCUGGGGUUCUGAUGGAUGUAUCUAAACGAUUUGGACCAUAUGGAAUCCCUAUCACAGUUUUUCCUAAGCGGCAUGACCAGACUCCACCUCAGUUGUCUCUGCAAAGGGAGAUCACCAAUAACCUGUUGACCAAACAGGAGGAGGAGGAGUCUGUCAUCCCUGCUGUCUCAUGCCACUCUUGGACCUCUAAACCGCCACCGCUGUUCCAGGAGGGUGCACCGUACCCCCCUCCUCUGUUUAUCAGGGACACCUACAACCAGACCUUACCUCAGCCUCCCCCACGAAAGAUCAAACGCCCAAAGCGGCGCUACCGCAGUGAAGAGCCAACAUCUAUUAUGAAUGCUAUCAAACUCCGCCCUCGUCAGGUGCUUUGCGACAAGUGUAAAGGUGUGGUGUCAUCAGGGGGCCAUCGAGAAGUCCGACGGGGACCACUGGACCUCAGGAGCGAGGAAGUGUCUCGGAGACGGAGACCAGCAGAGGGCCCAAUGUCCUUGGAGCUCAAACGACUAAAAAGUGACAACAAGGGAGGACGAGCUGAGCGCCGCUCAACGUCAGGAAUACGGGUGACAUCGUCUUCAACAUCAUCUUCCUCCCGCCUUAGGUCCACUACUCCAUCCUCAUCUUCAUCUGCACCCCUGCGACUUAAGCUAAACUCUAAAAAGGUUCUGGCCAAAGGUUCUGCUGAUCGUUCUAAAGCUCGACAGGUUCUUAAGAAUUUAACACGAAGCUCACAACCGCCGCAUCCACGUCCCAAAGACCAGAGCCAGAUUCAGACCCGAAACCCAGACCAUCCUAAGGCCAUGACCCGUGCCGCAGCUCUGCAGAACCACAACCAGAAGGUCCACUUUACCCGGCGGCUGCAGCACCUGAGUGGGGCUGCCAGCACUCACUCAGCAUUGCCCCCGAGGAUGCGCCUCAAACCCCAAAGGUAUCGUACUGAUGAGGCCCCUUGCCCCCCUACCAAACAUAGUCCCCAUUUGUCACCCCCCAAACCUGCUGUAAGUCCCAGCCCUACAGAGGAGCAGGUACCAACCCAAAUUCCCCCCUCGCUCUGUGUUGUCAGUGUUGCCGUAGAAAUGCAGGACGUUUGCCCUCCUGAAGAGAGGGUGGCACAUCAGUUAGGGGGAGUGGGAAAGGACCAGGUCAUGGAGCCUCCCUGCCCCUCCUCCUCCACGAACUGCUCCCCUCCCUCAGAGUGUAGCUCCACAGAGAUGUUUGAUGUCCCCCCUUCUGGAGACCUGCCAUCUUCUCUGUCCUCUUCUGCCCCCCCUUCUUCGUCCUCCCCUGUCUGUCCCCCCCCCCAAGAUGAGGAGGAGGAGGAGGAGGAGGGCAGUGACCUGAAGAAGCGUUGUAAGUCUUCCUCCCCCCCCCCCUCUUCAGUCUUCUCCAAGUCUGUGUCAAAGGUCUCGCUUUCUGAUGGUCGAACGGUCUGCGUUGGUGACAUAGUCUGGGCCAAGAUAUAUGGCUUUCCCUGGUGGCCGGCUCGUGUGCUUGGCAUCACCAUCUCUCGGCGUGGUGACACGGGGCUGGCUGUGCGACAGGAAGCGCGAGUCUCCUGGUUCGGCUCCCCUACCACCUCCUUUCUUCCGCUAACCCAGCUGUCCCCCUUUCUGGAGACUUUCCAGUCCCGCUUCGACAGAAAGAGAAAGGGGCCAUAUCGCCGUGCCAUUGCUGAGGCUGCCAGUGCUGCUAAGCAGCUGACGCCUGAAGUCCGGGCGCUACUCACGCAGUUUGAGACGUAGCGUCUGAUAAGACUAAUGCCCUGCCCCUUCACUGGUCCCUACCAACAGGAAGUGGGAGGAGCCUGCCUCUUCCCCUCCCUGGACCAGUAUUAUCUAAGACUGACGUGACAGAAAAACUUACUUUUUCCCAUUUUUUUCUAUUGAGAGAAGUGGGCAGGGCUUCAUGUUACCUCUCAGUGUUGAGAUAGUAGAAGAGGGUGGGGCUUAACUUUGUCUUUACAGACCUUCUCACUCUCAGCAGGUGUCAAAUUACAGGUAUCAGUAAGAAACAACUUUUCCACUUCCAAAUAAAUAACGGGACAAACAGGACUAGUGAUCAGGAAUCCUGAGGAGCUUGAUUCUGCCUAAUGAUUGACUCAAACAACUGGUACAUUAUCAAUGUAAACAAAACACUAAUUCAGUUGCAAAGAACAAAGAUAGGAACAAAAGACUUCAUUUUUAUUCACACUUUAUUCUGGUGUUUCUCACCUGUUAUGAGGUAGAUAAGUUUGUUUCGGCAGUGGGAAUUACUUUCUGUCCAAAUUUUGUUGAAAACAUCCAGACUGAACUUUUCAACAAGAAACAUAUACAUCUAUAUCUGUAAAGUGUGACAUGGUCCUGAAACUGAGGGUGGGGGUCCAAACUGUGUCCACAGCUGAAGCUGAAUGUUUCAUGGAGACAAAGUUACUGGUGACUGUUUAGGACCCCAAACGUCAUUUAGGCACACAGACAGACAGACAGACAGACAGACAGGUAGGACACACUGACUGUUAGCCAGAAGAGCUGCUCUCUGGUGGUGGUGGUGGUAAAGGUGGAUUUUUCCUCUCUGCUGUUUGUUUUUCCAGUUUCAGACUCUUUUUACCGUCUGUUUGCAGAUCAGAGAUUCUGAAUCCUUCUGAGUCAACCUGUGUACAUGUUUUUCCUCAUGUUUUAAACCUAUUAAUAAACUGUCAAACUUG